AUGCCCCUGUCAGAUUUUCUACAACCAGUUCAAACCGGAAAAAGACGAGUGAGACCACCUAGCAGAUACAACAAGGAGAACAUCAGUGCUCCCAUUAACGAACGUGCCAUCUGUCUGAACUCAAAAGGAUUCAACGUACCAGCGUACAAAACUGACCAGUACAAGAAUUCCUUCUUUGUCUGCACAGUGAUACAGUGGAACUACUUGGGAUAUGUUGAUGGCGAAGAAAGCUUACAGAAAUUUGAGGAGGACUUGCGAAUUGAAUCCUCACUGAUAUUUUCGACUAUGGCGCUGCAUACAAGAGACUGUGCCUCAAAAGCAAAGAAGCUUCGUUAUACAGGUGAAGGAACACUCCAUUGGUCAAGUAAUGCUGGGGACGUUCACAUUCCAUUCAUGGGCAUUCCUUUCCUUCUGCAUGCAGUAACGCUCAAAGAAUGCAUGUAUGGGGUUGACCACCAUAAGGAGAAAGAUAACCCACCUGAGGCCUAUGGUGAUCAUUCAGACUAUGGAAAGUCCAAAAAGAAGAGAUUCUACAUUCAACCCUCUGUAAAGAGGGGAUGUCGUGCUGUUCUGAGGAUUCGAGAGGCGAAGAUUUUCUCGGAUUACAAGCUGCCCAAUACUGAUGGCUUGAAGGCAUAUCAAGUGAAAAGUCUGAAAAAGGAUACGUUGAAUAGACUUCGGACUGACAUUUCAAAUGGAACAGCUACUUCAAUCUCUAGGUACUACAUUCAUUGUCCAGCUCCAGAUGCUCACAACCAUGCACUGGAUUCAUUGGCAAACUUGUGCGCUCAGCCUGUCCAUCCAGACGUUGUGGAAAAGAUACAUGACCUUGUGGCUCGUGGUAUAGACAAUGUUCGUGAAGUAAAAGCUCAUCUGCGAGAAUACAUUCGAAAUGUAAUGUUCAGAGACAAGCCAUUGCCGGACCAAGCAAACCAGGGAUUCUAUCCGACAAAUAAGAAUAUCCGGAACCACAUCAAUCGGGCAACAAUCCAGCACAAACACAGUACGAAGGACUAGGAGGCCCUUCAUCGCAAAAUUGACGAGUGGAAGCAACAAGGCCCGGAUACAAGCUUCUUUUACCGACCAUGCCAAACAGAUGACAAGGGGAUCAAACAGAACAUACUUUUUGUAUAUCCAACUGCCUGGCAGAAAAGACAUAUCAAAAUAUGGACAGGUUUGUCUAAUCGAUGCCACAUACAAAACAAUGAAGUAUGCCUUGUCACUGUUUUUCUUGGUUGUGAAAACAA